GCUCGGGCAAGCCCCGCCCAGCUUCCUCAGGCUACUUAUUUUCUCUGAAGGCUUGCGCUACUUGAGACCUGCUCGGGACUGGGACCUCGGGGCGUCAUGGACUCGCAGCAGCUGCUCUUCUUCGUGAACGGCCGGAAGGUGAUAGAAAAAAAUGUCGAUCCUGAAAUGAUGCUAUUGCCGUACCUGAGGAAGAAGCUGCGCCUCACGGGCACUAAGUACGGCUGCGGAGGCGGGGGCUGCGGCGCCUGCACUGUGAUGGUCUCCCGGUACAACCCCAGCACCAAGGCCGUCAGGCAUCAUCCGGUGAAUGCCUGUCUGACCCCCAUCUGUUCUCUGUACGGCACAGCCGUCACUACAGUAGAAGGCAUAGGCAGCACCAGGACCAGACUCCAUCCCAUUCAGGAGAGGAUUGCCAAGUGUCACGGCACGCAGUGUGGCUUCUGCACCCCCGGGAUGGUGAUGUCCAUGUAUGCGCUGCUGAGGAACCAUCCAGAGCCCACCUUAGACCAGCUCACCGAUGCCCUCGGUGGAAACCUGUGCCGCUGCACCGGAUACAGACCCAUAAUUGAUGCGUGCAAGACUUUCUGUAAAGCUUCUGGCUGCUGCCAAGGUAAAGAAAAUGGGGUGUGCUGUUUGGAUGGAGGAAUAAAUGGAUUGGCGGAACUUCAGGACGGCGAUGAGACAAGCCCAGAACUGUUUUCAGAAGAGGAAUUUCUGCCACUGGACCCAACCCAAGAGCUGAUAUUUCCUCCAGAGCUAAUGCUAAUGGCUGAGAAGCAGCCACCGAAGACCAGAGUGUUCUGUGGUGACAGAAUGACAUGGAUUUCCCCAGUGACCCUGAAGGAACUCCUGGAAGCCAAGUUCAAGUAUCCCCAGGCCCCCAUUGUUAUGGGGAACACCUCUGUGGGGCCUGAAGUAAAGUUUAAAGGUGUCUUCCACCCCGUCAUCAUUUCUCCUGACAGAAUCGAAGAGCUGGGUGUCAUAAGCCAGGCCUGUGACGGGCUGACCCUGGGGGCUGGCCUCAGCCUGGAUCAGGUGAAGCAUGUUCUGGCUGAUGUGGUCCAGAAGCUUCCGGAAGAGAAGACACAGACGUACCGUGCUCUCCUGAAGCACUUGAGAACUCUGGCUGGCUCCCAGAUCAGGAACAUGGCUUCUUUAGGGGGCCACAUCGUGAGCAGACAUCUGGACUCAGAUCUGAAUCCCCUCCUGGCUGUGGGUAACUGUACCCUCAACUUACUAUCGAAAGAUGGAGAACGGCAGAUCCCUCUCAGUGAGCAGUUCCUUCGCAGGUGUCCUGACGCAGAUCUAAAGCCCCAGGAAGUCUUGGUCUCAGUGAGCAUCCCCUACUCCAGGAAGUGGGAGUUUGUGUCAGCCUUUCGACAGGCCCAGCGCCAGCAGAAUGCCCUGGCGAUUGUCAAUUCAGGAAUGAGAGUCCUUUUUAGAGAAGGGGGUGACCUCAUUAAAGAGUUAUCCAUUCUGUAUGGAGGCGUCGGUCCAACCACGGUCAGCGCUAUGAACUCCUGCCAAAGACUGAUCGGAAGGCCAUGGAAUGAAGAGAUGCUGGAUACAGCCUGCAGGCUGGUUUUGGAUGAAGUCACUCUUCCAGGCUCAGCUCCCGGUGGGAAGGUGGAGUUCAAGAGGGCCCUCAUCAUCAGCUUCCUCUUCAAGUUCUACCUGGAGGUGUCACAGAGUCUGAAGAGGAUGGACCCAGCUCACUAUCCUAGCCUGGCAGACAGGUAUGAGAGUGCUUUAGAAGAUCUUCAUUCAAAACAUCACUGGAGGACAUUAACCCACCAGAAUGUAGACCCAGUGCAGCUUCCUCAAGACCCAAUUGGGCGUCCCAUCAUGCACCUCUCUGGUAUUAAGCAUGCCACCGGUGAAGCCAUCUACUGUGAUGACAUGCCUGCAGUAGACCAGGAACUUUUCCUGACCUUUGUAACAAGUUCAAGAGCGCACGCUAGGAUUGUGUCCAUCGAUCUAUCAGAAGCUCUCAGCCUGCCAGGCGUGGUGGACGUCAUUACCGCGGAUCACCUCCAGGGAGUAAACACCUUUGCCACCGAGACAUUUCUGGCCACAGAUGAGGUACAUUGCAUCGGCCAUCUUGUCUGUGCAGUGAUUGCAGAGUCUGAGACACAGGCAAAACAAGCAGCGAAGCAGGUGAAGAUUGUCUACCAAGACUUGGAGCCACUCAUUCUAACUAUCGAGGAAGCUAUACAACACAAGUCCUUCCAUUCAGAACGGAAAUUGGAGUGUGGGAAUGUCGAUGAAGCAUUUCAGAAAGUUGAUCAAAUUCUUGAAGGGGAAAUAUACAUAGGAGGCCAGGAACAUUUUUAUAUGGAAACCCAAAGCAUGCUUGUUGUUCCCAAAGGAGAGGAUGGAGAAAUUGACAUCUACGUGUCCACACAGUUUCCAAAAUAUAUACAGGAUGUGAUUGCCUCGACCUUGAAGCUCUCAGCCAACAAGGUCAUGUGUCAUGUAAGGCGUGUUGGUGGGGCGUUUGGAGGGAAGGUAGGCAAGACCAGCAUCAUGGCCGCCAUCACUGCGUUCGCCGCUAGCAAACACGGCCGUGCAGUCCGCUGCAUUCUCGAAAGAGGAGAAGACAUGUUAAUAACCGGAGGCCGCCAUCCUUACCUCGGAAAGUAUAAAGCUGGGUUCAUGAAUGAUGGCAGGAUCUUGGCCCUGGAUGUGGAGCAUUAUUCCAAUGGAGGGAGCUCUGUGGAUGAGUCAUUAUUUGUGUUAGAGUUUGGGCUUCUGAAGAUGGAGAAUGCUUACAAGUUUCCCAACCUACGCUGCCGGGGCUGGGCCUGCAGAACCAACCUUCCAUCCAACACUGCUUUCCGUGGGUUUGGCUUUCCUCAGGCAGGACUGAUCACCGAAGCCUGUAUCACAGAAGUGGCAGUCCAAUGUGGCCUGUCCCCUGAGCAGGUUCGAGCUAUAAACAUGUACAAGAAAAUUGAUAUUACCCACUACAAGCAAGAGCUGAGUGCCAAGCCCCUGGCUGAGUGCUGGAGAGAAUGCAUGGCCAAGAGUUCCUACUCUUUGAGGAAAACGGCUGUAGAAAGAUUCAACGCAGAGAACUCCUGGAAGAAGAGGGGCCUGGCCAUGAUUCCCCUCAAGUUUCCUGUGGGUACUGUCACAUUAGCCAUGGGACAGGCAGCUGCCCUGGUUCACAUUUAUCUCGAUGGCUCUGCGCUGGUCACUCAUGGUGGGAUCGAGAUGGGGCAGGGUGUCCACACUAAAAUAAUUCAGGUGGUCAGCCGUGAAUUAAGGAUGCCGAUGUCCAGUGUCCACCUGCGUGAGACAAGCACAGAAACCGUCCCCAACACAAACUGCUCCGGAGGGUCUGUGGUGGCAGAUCUCAACGGGUUGGCAGUAAAGGAUGCUUGUCAGACUCUUCUAAAACGACUUGAACCCAUCAUCAGCAAGAAUCCUCGUGGGACGUGGAAGGAUUGGGCGCAGACUGCUUUUGACCAGAGCAUCAAUCUCUCGGCUGUUGGAUAUUUCAGGGGUUAUGAGGCAGACAUGAACUGGGAGAAAGGGGAAGGCCAUCCCUUCGAAUAUUUUGUGUAUGGAGCCGCCUGCUCAGAGGUUGAAAUAGACUGCCUGACCGGGGCCCAUAAGACUAUCAGAACAGACAUUGUGAUGGAUGUUGGCCAUAGCAUAAACCCAGCUCUUGACAUAGGUCAGGUUGAAGGUGCGUUUAUCCAAGGAAUGGGGCUUUACACGAUAGAGGAGCUGAGUUACUCUCCCCAGGGCAUGCUGUACAGCCGCGGCCCAAACCAAUACAAAAUCCCAGCCAUCUUCGACAUUCCCACAGAGCUGCACGUUUCUUUCUUGCCCCCAUCUGAACACUCAAACACCUUGUAUUCAUCGAAGGGUCUGGGAGAGUCCGGGUUGUUCCUGGGAUGUUCGGUGUUCUUUGCCAUCCAUGAUGCAGUGAGAGCAGCCCGCCAGGAGAGAGGCAUCUCUGGACCACUGAAGCUCAGAAGUCCACUGACUCCAGAGAGGAUCAGAAUGGCCUGUGAAGACAAGUUCACAAAAAUGAUUCCAAGAGAUGAACCUGGAUCGUAUGUUCCCUGGAACGUGCCUGUGUGAGUGUGCCUGUGGAGGACGCCUCAGCUCCUGCAGAACUCGCCUCCCCAUCUCUCUACUCUAAGAUGCUGAAUAUGAAAGCCAGAUUUCACUGCCCAGAAUCACACACAGCACUGCUUGACACGAGGCUGAUUUGAAAGUUUCUCUUCAGUAUACUCCAGACAUACCUGAGCAAUUAUAAAUCACUUUAAGUUGCACAGAUAUUAAAUUGUUUGCCCUGA